AGUGGAAUGCCAUGACAGGUUUCAAGCCCCCUUACAGUGGACUGUAUUGCUUCAGAAUAGAUUCCAAGAAAUAAGGAUUGAAGGAAGAGCAGUAUAUGUGCUUAGAACUUCAGCUAGGGUUUAAUAUGUUUCAGCAGUUCCCAAAAGUUGGAUCGAAGGGUGGCAGAAGCCAUUUUGAUACUCAAUAUUUUUCCCUAAAUAGAUCAUGACUUUGAAUUGGUGAACAAAGAGAGAUUAAUGUACUUUCUUAAUUAUUGACUCCUAUGACCUGGCCUAAUGGAGUCAUAUCUAAUUAUGGAAAAAACUCAACAACUUCAAUGUAGUAGCUGAAGAAGAUUCCAAGGAUACUUGGUACACUGAGCUUAAGGGCAUAGGUGCUGCUGCCUAAGCUCAUGUGUGAACAUGACAGCGUGGAAAAAUGACACUUCUCUGACAACCUGGAAGUUGAUAUUGGAUGACAGAACCUUUCGUAGCUCUGCAGUCAUCUCAUGGUUGGCACCAGCAAUGUGGCAAGAGCUAGAAAUUGAAGGGAGCAAAGAUGUUGGGCAGAACAGGAGGAGAAGAAUGUCAAACAUUGUAAGUGUCAUUGCAGACGAUAAAAAUAUCAUGGACACAUGAAUAUGUCUAAUAUCCUCACUGGAAUGCUAUAUAUGUGUUCAGUAUGUCUAAGAAUCAAAGAAAAACAUAGCAAUCAUCCGUUUGGGAGAUAUUAUCAAUGCCAUCCCACUGAUGGUAUGAGAAGUCGUGUCUGCUGCAGUCAGCUGACUGAAAUUAAAGGCCACAUCACUGAAAUGAGAAAGUUUGAUGAAAAUGAUGUGAAGCAAAACCUCAUGGCAGAGCGUAGCACAGCAAAGCUGCUUCUCUCAAAGCAUCCAGGAAUCAAAACGAGAGAAAGGCGGAUGCAAAGGCCCAGCCCCUCUGACCAGUACUAUUCUUGGGCAAAUGGACACCACUACAGAAAACUACAACCAUUAAAAAAAUGCAUUGUGGAGCCCAGUCCCAAUAGACACAUCUACAGAGCACUCUCACACCUACGGCUUAGGGAUCAUUUAUGGAAGAGAUGAUAAGAAGAUUUUAAGAGCCAGAGGAUCAUGGAAUUUGUGCUAUAUUACAGAUGACAGAUUCAGACUAGAUGACAGGAUAACCUGUGAUCAUUGGAAGUUUUUCAGGUGGAUGCAAUAUCCAAAUCCAGUUGGAUUUCAGAAGACUAAACUUGGAUACUGGUUCUAAAUAGUAGUGUGUUAAGGAAAGCUGAAGAUCCAGGAUGUCCACAGCAAAGGUUUCCCUAGAACUGAAGAGAAGAAGAAUUGGAAAUGAGAUUCAAGGCAAUCAGUGCAAAUCCUGGCCAGCAGCCCGAGUGAGUAGGAGCCAUGUGACUCUGGUGAGUUGGAGUGUGCAGUUGCCUCCUGCUUCAGAGCUACCUGAUCCGAAUACUAAGCAGAGCGAGUGCCCGGCUGAGUGGAAGACACUGAAGACACUGCAGAGCAAGGUGCUUUUUCCAGAGGUGUUACAGAACAUGGAGAUUAAAGACCAGGGAGCCCAAAUGGAGCCGCUGCUGCCUACGAGAAAUGAUGAAGAAGCCAUUGUGGAUAGAGGUGGAACACGCUCUAUUCUCAAAACACAUUUUGAGAAAGAAGAUUUAGAAGGUCAUCGAACAUUAUUUAUUGGAGUCCAUGUGCCCCUGGGUGGAAGAAAAAGCCAUCGUCGUCACAGGCAUCGUGGUCAUAAGCACAGAAAGAGGGACAGAGAGAGAGAUUCGGGACUGGAGGAUGGAAGAGAGUCCCCUUCUUUUGACACCCCAUCGCAGAGGGUGCAGUUUAUUCUUGGAACUGAGGACGAUGACGAGGAGCACAUCCCUCAUGACCUUUUCACAGAGCUGGAUGAGAUUUGCUGGCGUGAAGGGGAAGACGCUGAGUGGCGAGAGACAGCCAG